AUGAAGACUUUCAGUCGAGAGACCACUGGUGUCGAGGUCGUCAAUGAGCUCGCUGAUCGGGUCAAUGGCAAGACCUUUGUCAUCACCGGAGCAAGCGAGAGAGGUCUAGGAGCAGAGACUGCUGUUGCUCUGGCCCAUGCCAACCCGGCUCGCCUGAUCCUCCUUGCUCGCUCCCAAUCCCGUGUCGACUCCGUCAUGGCUCGGAUCAAAGAGCUCAACCCAGCUAUUAAAGUCACGUUCGUACCCGUCUCACUGGAUGACUUUGACUCUGUGCGCACUGCAGCUGCGACCAUCAAUGAUUCAAUUGACAAGCUCGACUACUUGAUCAACAACGCUGGCAUUAUGGCACUCAAUACAUACGAGACGAACAAGAAUGGUAUUGAACUCCAAUUCGCCACCAAUCAUCUGGGCCAUUUCCUAUUGACAAAGCUACUGAUGCGCAAGAUUCUCGCUGCGGGUCCCGGCUCCAGAAUUGUGAAUCUGACCAGUUUGGGCCACAAAAUUGGCCCUGUCCGCUUCGACGACUACAACUUCUCCAACGGCAAGGAAUACGAUCCUUGGUCGGCUUAUGGCCAGGCAAAAACCGCCAAUAUCCUCUUCUCCCUGGGCCUUACCCAUAGACUUAAAUCUCGUGGGAUCCAAAGCUAUGGCGUGCAUCCAGGAGCUAUCUUCACUACGAACCUAGCCACCCAUAUCGAGGACGUUCAAGCUUCUCUGGCAAGCAUCGGGCCAAUAGCUCAGAAGAACACUGGGCGCCACUUUCCGCUGGAUAAGGAUCCACCCAAGCCUGUUGAGCAGGGUAUCACUACGACACUGGUGGCUGCCUUAGACCCUAGAAUCGAAGGCCAGAGCGGCAUGUACAUGGCUGAUGCGAAGUGCGAGCCAACCUACGAGUACGCCGAAGAUGCGGAAAAUGCUGAGAGAUUGUGGAGAUUGAGCGAGGAAUUGGUAGGCGAGAAGUUCGAUGUUUGA